GGAAGCGGUGCACCGAACACGGCGGGGCAGUUGAGCGUGCACGUCCUGAUGAACAAGGUGAAGCUGCUGAACCUCGGCGCCCAGUCCGGAGCCGUAUACCAGCUGGAGGAGUUCUCGGAGCUGCAGCGCGUGCAGCGAAACCACGCGAUCAAACAAAUCGAGCAGGUAUUUGAGAAGAUUUCGCUCGCUUUGGAGCAACUGGCGAAAGAGGCCUGCGCGGUGUUUCAAGUGCUGGAAAAGCAGGAGAUCUUGACCAAGUCCAUGGCGCAGUACAAGCUCGAGGUCAAGGCUCUGAACCGGGCGCGCAAGCUUUCGAGAUUCGACAUCGAGCAGGUGUUUCCCAAACUCGUAAAAUUAGCCGACGUAUUUCUCCUAGCGGAAUUGGUGAAAACGGUGGAGGAGGAGGCGAAACGGUUCGAAACACGGCUGGACUCGGGGGUGAAACUCUUCUCCGUCACUGUGUCCUUCCCGAAAAAGGCAGCGGGAAACAACGCGGACAGCCAGGAGAACAACUCGUCGCGGCGAAAUUCCCACGUGUCUAACAGUACGCUGGACGGAGCGGGGAGUGACGCCGAUCUUCAUGACGGACUGAACACCAGAUCGCCCUCCAAGGCGGUAGGAAACUCCGCGUCCGUGGUGAAUCCGAUCGACGGGACGAACGCACUUCUGAGAAACCUGAUUCCGGGCAAGGUAUACAUAGCAAAAUGACGAACUUUUUUGAUUCUACCGUAAUAAUCUGAUCAACACAAACUUACAGGAGAAUGACACGAGUGUGGCGCAAACGAUAAUAAAAACAGUCAUCGAUGACUGAUGAGUCAUGUAUUUAGAACAACAUCGACGACAGAAACUUCGGCUAGGGAACAGCGGAGGCGGGACUAGUAGCAGCCAAGGUCUGCUGGAGUCGAUGCAACUCGAGCCGGGCUUGCCCGAAUUGCAGGAGAUGGUGGCGACGUUGUGGAGCAGCACCCUGCAGACACUCUCCUCCGCGGUGCCGAGCUUUGUCACCCACAUGCAAGACCGCCUGGCAAAUCUGCAGAACAAUUCUAGCGCGACGGUUGGAGCUGCUGGGAAUGGGACCACGAACAGUGCUGCUGGCGGAAGUUCGUCGGAAUUUUCCGUCGAGGGAUUCCAAAAGUUGAAACUGAACUUUUGUGGCGGAGAAAUGCCGGAAGAGGUGGCUUUAACCGAUAUUGCCGAUAGCAGGAGCGGCACCACGGCAGAAGGAAACACAAAAGAAAACGCUCCCCAAAAGGGAGAGGAUAAAACUCAAAUAUCGGAGCGCGCCGCAAAAACCAUGUCACUGCAGGAGCUUCUCACCGGCAGCAGAAAUGCAGCCACAGACGAGAGUCAUAGUGCACCAUCAAAAGAUCAUGCCCCCAGCACGACCGAGACCAGUAAAGCAGCAACGGCAAGUAGAGCAAGUGCGGCCAUGCAUGGAACCACAGCAGCGGCAUCGAAAACUAGGAAGAACAGGUCCAAUUACAGUGUCACAAUUGAGCAGAUCCACCACAAGAUCACGGCUGCGUUCCAGAAUGCGCAAGUAUACGCGGACACCACGUUUUCGCAGUUUCGCCGCAUUUUCGACUACGGUUUGAAGUGGAAGCCGGAAAAGGUGCAGUUGAUGGAGAGCCAUUUAUUCUUCUUCAAAGAAAUGAACCUGAUGCGCAACUUCCAAGAGGACCUGGAGAAAUUUCGCCCACACCACGUGGUUUCCUUCAUUCUGCUGGACGCAAAGGUUCUGAAGACCGACAUUCUGGUGCCAAUCCCGCAGAAGGUGCUCGUCGUCAUGAAGGAGUGCUUGCAGUUGAUUGCGCGGAACAUCUGCAAGCAAGCCGUGCAAACCUUCGAUACCGCAAACAAGUCUCUGGAGAUUCCAACGCAGUUUCUCUCCGCGGUCGGCACCGGGACGACCGCGACGGACCCAGCGACGUCUGACGGGUCCACCGCAGCAGCUCCGGCUGCGUUGCAGCAAAACCAAAAACAGCUCUCGCACCUCUUGCCCCACUACAUGGACCACUUGAAGGUGUUGAAAAGGAUGAUCGAAAACAGCCGCGAGAUGGACCACGAGAGGGAGCAGGCCGACGUGGUGUUCGCCUUUCUGCGCGGCUACACGAAGACCUCCAUGGACGACCAAUUGCUGCUCGAGCAGCUGCACACGAAGGCGGAGGAGCUGAGCUCGAGGCGCAUCGUGCAGUCGUUCCAGUUCGUGAAGACCAACCGGUCGCGCAUGCUGCAGGAGUUCGGCGCGCGCGUGCAGAAGGUGGAGGAGGACUGUGCGCACUUCACGGAGGAACUGUCGAAAAACCUGUUCGUGAACGUGGAAGCGCUGACCGGGGGCAUGCAGGACAACGUUUUGGCGGAAUUGAAGCAUCUGCACGACAAGUCCAUCAAUCCCCUCGAGGAGAAGGCGGACCAGUGCUUCGAAUUUUCGCAGCUUUUCCACUGGAAGUACCGACCGCCCGUGACCAGCAACAGUCUGUGGGGUGCGGGCGGGGCAGCGGGACACAGUCCGGGAGCACCAGGCGGAGAUCACAACAUGAUGCUGGGAAGCCCAGCCUCAGCGCACCACAACAACAUUUUUGGGAGCACGACCAGAACCUUGUUGGAGUCGCCGUCCUCCCCGAAGAAAACGGAAAACCUGAUCACGAAAAGUCUACUCGACGAUUUGUACGACGAUUUUGAGGAUUUGAGCGGAAACAACUUUGAAGGAGCGGAGGAGCUUUCCGCGAACCAGCCAGGGGACUUCGGGUCUUUUCGUCAGGGGGCUACGUCGCGCAGCGGGAACAACGGGCAGCAUAGUUCUUCGCAGAAGAGCAAUAGCGCGUUGCCGGGCGGGAAUGUCAUCGUCGUUCCGGAGUUGAGUACCGAAGUUUUGCAGCGACUAAGGGACACGUUUGAUGCGACAAAGCGUGUCUGGGAGCUCGCGGAAACGUGGGCGGUAAACGUCCAGAGCUGGCUGAAUACGCCGUUUGUCACAUCCCUGCUGCAGAACUUCGACCAGAAUGUCGCGCAGAAAUGCGAGGAGACGAUGCGGCAAAUCGACGACCUCCUGGAAAUCGACAAAAAUCUGGCAGCCUCCGGUAGCGGUGACCAUUUUCAGCUCCAACUGGACCGAAAGUCGCAACGAAACAACACCAAUGCGGCAGUCGGAAAGGAAAGGAGCUACACCGGUGGAAGCAGUAGUCCUGCGAGCAGAAAUACGAGUCCUAGGCCGCUGACAAACCUGAUCCUGGCGCUGAGAAAAGAGAUGGAGAAGUGGACGGUCGAAAAGAACCCGACUCUGCUUUUACUAGCAAAUAUCGGUCCGCAGCAGGGAGCUGCUACCGGGCAACAAUUCCCCCUCAGCUCGUCGAGCAUCUGGGAGCACGUUUUCAAAGAGUGCGGGGUGCCGGCAAAUUCCACCAUAGCCGCACAAGUGCAGACCAUUUCGCUGGCGAAUUUGGAGAAUUACGGCCUGUUUUGGAAAAAAAAGGACUUCUUGCAGCAAAUUGCCCGGGAUUACUCGUCCUAGAGCACAUGACUUGUCUUGGGUCCACAUUGCUUUUUUCAUGUAACUGAGUUGCGUUUUACAUUUACUGUUUCUGUUUCACUAUUUGAUAAUAUUUGUCGCUUCCUGAAGUUGUGGCUGAAAACGAAUAAGCUCAUCUUCCAUCCCAUAUAAAGGAAGAUCAACGAAGAUGACUCUCUCCGCAAGUAGUUCCGCCAAAUGACGAGUAAAGGGCAUCGCCUACUGGAAAAGUAAAGACAUGAAUUAUGUGCCGGAGAAUCUAUGUGCCGGAGAAUCAUGAAGUUGAAGACUAGUAAACGAAAAUUUAGAACAUGAACAAAUAUUAGAUGAAAAAUCUAUAGCAAGUAGAACCGGUGCUUUGACGCCAUGCCCACGCUUUGGGCCUUGAACCUUUGACGCCAUACCCAGGCAAGGAAAGAAAGAAAGCGCCGGUGCUGCGGUCAGAGCAUACAGUAGAUCGUGAUCUCAAAAGUAUCGCAAGAAGUGUAUAAAAAUGAAUUCGAAAACUUGAUGACCUACAGCAGUCUUGCUGAUCGAAAAAUGUAAAGAAAUGACGUACAAGCUGCACGACUCCGAGAUGGAAG